CUGCUCACAACACUCGCGUGUUUGAAUGAAGAAAGGAGCCCACGAGUACCUUCAGGCUCAACUCGAGAAGAGUACUAUAAACGUUGACUUGUAGCUCUGUAAUUUAGCAAAUUAAACGAUACAUUGUUAGCAUUUAAUCCAACGUGUAGGAUCAAGGAUUGAGAUUUAGUACAGUAGCUAACGUAAGCAAUCCCGGCUCGUGUCGUUUGUUGUGCUUGCAUGUUAGCUAGCUAGCAAAUUCUGCUAUACUUGCUAGUGCCAAACAAUAAACCAGAUAGUUCAUGUUAUCCAGGUAAAUGUGUUUUUUUUUCUCUAACAGUUAACAAACUAUUAUCCAGGAGUCCUGUAUAUGAUCAAAUAUGUCCGAGGCACAAGACUUGAGAAAGCGCAGUAAGAAACGCUAUGGCGGCGGACACCGGAGUAAGAAGUACAAGGGUUCCCGGGAGCUCGAGGUGGGCAUGCAAGGUGUCCUCAUCACCUGCAAUAUGAACGAGAGGAAAUGCACCGCGGAAGCUUUCAACCUGCUGAACGAAUACGCCGACCAACUCUAUGGACCUGAGAAUUUUAAGGAACCAGAGGAGAGCACUAGUGAGGAAGAGGAGGAUGAAGAUGUGGAGGCGGCUCUGAAGAAGGAGGUGAAGCAGCUCAAAGCGUCGUCGGGGAAACUGCAGCGGCGCUUCCAGGCCAUGGACAGCGGGGCCAACAAUGUCAUCUUCAUCAAGACCAAGAACCUCGACCCUGAGAAGCUGGUGCAUCACAUCCUGUCAGACCUCCACAUCACCAAAAAGAACAAGUCACGAGUCAUCCUCAGAAUGCUGCCGGUGAGUGGAACGUGCAAGGCGUUCCAGGAAGACAUGGAUAAGUACCUGAGUGUGUUCUUAGAGCCGUGGUUUAAAGCCCCCAACCAGGGCAGCUACCAGAUCGCCUUCAAGGCCCGGAACAGUUCCCACAACAAGAGGGAUGACAUCAUCAAGGCCCUGGCAGGCCUGGUGGGGAAGAUGAAUCCUAAAAACAAGGUUGACCUGACCACCCCUGAGCUCACCAUCAUCGUCGAGGUCAUCAAGAGUGUGUGCUGUGUCAGCGUCGUCAGGGACUACACUCUAUACAGGAAGUACAACCUGCAGGAGGUUGCCAAGAAGGAGGGGCCUAAAGAUGGGAAACAGGAAGAGGUCACCACAAACCAGGAAGAGAUCAAGUCGAACCAGGAAGAGAAGGAUGGGAAACAGGAAGAGAUCAAGUCUAACCAGGAAGAGAAGGAUGGGAAACAGGAAGAGAUCAAGUCGAACCAGGAAGAGAAGGAUGGGAAACAGGAAGAGAAGGAUGGGAAACAGGAAGAGGGAAAGGAUGCCCCCAAAACAGAGAGGGAAGGAAAGGGGGAGGAAGAGAAGUAGAUCCCUGUACCAGGAGGGAGAGAAGAGGGAGGAAGAGAAGUAGAUCCCUGUAGCAGGAGGGAGAGAAGAGGGAGGAAGAGAAGUAGA